UAUGUUUAACUGGCCUUAUUUUAACACAAGACCACACAAACAUUGUUGCUGUAAAUCAGCUUGUUUGUGCCGUUGUGUGGUUCUAGCCGUGGGAGGGGGGCGGGUCAUAGAACCACACGAGGGAGGAUCACAUCCUGCUCAGCUGGUUAUAAAGGACACAGAUCGGAACCUCAGCUCUGGACCAACCUGCUUCUUUCAGUCUGGACUCGUUUGGCUGAGUAUCUGACCAGGAUGUGGAUGUUUAUGGUGAUCGUCGCUCUGCUCGGUCAGAACCAGGCAGCUCCAUUUCCAGGCAACAACAGCAGCUUCUUCUUGAUCCUUCAACAACAACAGGCCCAGACCACAGCAUCAGCCGUCCCUGUUUUUACUCAGCAGCAAACAGCCUCUUCAUCCUCCUCCUCCUCCUCAUCAUCAUCAUCAUCAGACACUUUUGAAUCCAGCCAGAGCUCAGAGGGUCCUCAACAGCUGAGUGAACGUCAGAACCUGGAGAACAUGGCCAUCGAGCAGAUCGCCUCGUCCCAGGAGAGCACAGAGGUUCUCCAGGCUUCCGGAAACAGAACCAGCAGCCUGUGGCUCAGCAAGCUGGUCGCACUAGGACAGAGAGUAGAACCGAGGACGUUGACCCACCUCCUAACACAACCUCGAAGCAGAGACACCGGGCUGACCCCUGAAGACAACAGGUCCACAGAGACCGUUCCAGCUGUAAGCCGAGCGUCACCACCUGCUGGUACCAAUACAGAGGAUGGAGCUACAACAGAGACGAACCGGGUGGGACACAAAGAGAACGAGGAGUUCUUCAUACUGCUGGAUGACAGUACAGAGAGAGCAGACGGGCUGACCUUUGACCUGCUGGGCCAAGGUGGUUACCAUGGCAAUGAGGCUGGGCUGGAGCUGGGGCUGUGAUUUUCAAAAGUUGCUUCUAUUUACCCAUUAUUGUCGCUCUCUGUGGCCACGUCCAGAGUGAUGUAUGUAUUAAAUGCUAAAAUCAUGACAAUAAAAUAUAAGACCAGGGGCCCAUUUCAAGAAGGAGGUUUUGUUGAAACUCUGAGUUUGUUAACCCCGAAAUGAGGAAAACUUAAAGUUUUCGGUUUCAGAAAGCGGGGUUACUUAAACCUGUAAAGCGGGGUAAGUUUAAACCCGUUUCAAGAAGCGAGGUAAUCGAAACUCAGAGUCAGUUACUAUGGCAACUGACUCUGUGAACCAAACCAGGUGGGGAGCAGGUUUUAUUCGGGAAACCCAGGUUUCCUUCGGUCUCCGCCCCUUUUUAAAGUGAACACUGUUUAAAUACCUCAUUUGAUCUUUUAGUACAUUCAUAGAUUUCACCUGUUUCCUUCGCGCAGAGACCAAAAUGCCCGUUUCUAGAGCAUCCUGUAGAUGAGGACGCUGUAUGAAUUUACGCCGCGAGAGGAUUUUGACGCCACGAGUUAAUUUUCUGUCAUAUUGCUGUGAAUAUUUAUUUUAGCGGUACUGUUUUUCUCGAGACUCCAUGACAUAUAUUAAUAAUCUUAUUCACCCAUACGUCAAACACAUCACCCAUCGUGGCCGUGCUUUUACAUCCGAACAUAUUCUUUGUGUUGCGUUACGUUUUUUGCAAACAGUAGUUUUCUUUAUAACAUUGGAGAUGCUGAGCACGUUAGUGAAGUCACUGUAUGUAGAAAAGUUCGCCCUCAAGCGCUUUCCUUGACACAAACUCCUUAAAGCCAUUAAAGAGGAGUUUCACAGGAUUGCAGGUAUGUGGUAUUUAAUUUGUGUCAGUGAGGCUAAUCUGAAAAAUGAUGUUAAGUUAAUAACAUCUUGCUGUGACCUGAAAUAAACUGAUAAAUGUG